UCUGCUUGGAUAAACUUCCGGCUGCAUGGGCAGCUGCAAAGGCAAGCGGACAGCGGAGUUUACAUAGGGCUCAGCUCUUUCUUGCUUCUACAAGCACAGGGCAAGAAGCUUGCUCAGCUAACUUACUUCAUUACAUAGCUGCCUUGUGAAAAGAAGGGUGCGUUCCUCUCGCCGAUACAUACCGCAAUGUCGCCCUCUGUAUCGAGUAUUCGUUGCUUUUCGAGGUCAAUCCAUAUCGCACCACCCUUUUCAUUGUCGUUUUCAAUGAGAACUGAAAAGUGGCAAUCUGGUUUGGUGAAGUCUAAGCGAAGGCUAUGUAUCUGUUCUCCUUCGUGACUUUCGAGGUACCUUCGCUAGCAAUUGAGCUGGUGGUUGGAUCUAGAGCCAAGCCCUUCCUGUUGUGCCUGUCAUUCCAAGGCCAAUGCUGUGAAUCUGGUGGUUCAGCACUGCCUUACUUUUCCUUCUUCAUUCGAACCUACUCUGCUUGAGCUGAUGCUGUAAGCUGUCAACAAUUGAGCUUCAGGUCAGGUAAGGCGUUUACUUCCCUAUCCAAAGCAGGAACAUUAGGUGCCCUCAGAGCCAAGAGAAAAGUUUUUGCCAAAGGGCGGGGCAUUGGCGCAAAGCACCACUACGGUAGCUGCCCCUCUGCCUUUGACUUUCCCUUUAUUUCUUGGAAAUUUUCAUCGCAAUUUGCCACUCCUUCCUGAGUUACAUUUGUUGCCCCUGAACCCCAUCACAGUUUGCCAGUCCUUCCUGAGUUACAUUCGUUGCCCCUGAACCCGCUCAACGAGCGAUCUCAACGCACGCAACGAUAGAUUGAGCUGAAAGGGCAAACGCUGGGGAGCUUCUCCUAAACAGGGCAGAUAGCCUGUAGAAUGGCGGAUGCUUCUGUUCCUGAAGUGGACUCGGAGGCGUUGAUUAAGCCCGCACGUGCGGGCGAGCUUCAUCUGACAAAAUGGGAAUCGUUUUUGGAUUCCUGGGAUGCUCGGAUCAAGACCGUCCCGUCGAGGACUAUUUUCUACACUGCUACCUUUUUUCUGAGCACGCUUCUCCUGGCCUGCGGCGCCCUGAUAUGGUGCUUCGCCCAUUAUAAAAACCAUGGUGCGCAGAUCAAGGACUGCAAAAGCUUCUUUCUAAACAUCGAAGUUGGGAACCUCAAUGACUGGGUCGUGCCAGCCGGGUGCGGCUCCUUUGUGAAAGACUACACUGAGAACGGGCAGUACGCGGCCGACUUUGCGGCAGUUGUAGAGACUGUUCGAGCUUACGUCAACACUCUCGGACCGCCAGCGUCGGACGGGCUGGAUCUCUGGAUGCUGGACAUCGACGAGACAUCGCUUUCGAACGUCCCAUUCUUUGAGAGGAUGUACACACACUGGGGGGAAGACGAGUGGACGGACGCAGUCCAGGCUGUGUGGGACCGCUGGGUCCUGGAAGGCACCGCCAAGGCCCUCGCCCCCACCCUCGCGCUCUUCCACGAGAUGAGGAGCGCGGGCUGGCAGAUAGCGUUCAUCACCGGGAGGGACGAGUCCCAGCGCAACGUCACCAUCGAAAACCUUCUGGCCGUGGGCUACAGCGGCUGGCAAAGCCUGACUCUCAGGACGCCCGAAGAGAUCCACGAUCCGGCAGCUCUCUACAAAUCGCGACACCGACAGGAGCUGGUGUUGCGGGGUUUCCGGAUACAUGGGGGCAUGGGCGACCAAUGGAGCGACCUCCAGGGGCCAGCUUCUGGGACCAGAACCUUCAAGCUGCCAAACCCGAUGUAUUAUGUGGGUUGAUAGAACGUCAUCGGCCUGGCACGUUGAGACACAUGCCGGACUAUGUGACGCUUGCGGGACAGUCCUCAAUAGUCAUUGUAGAUCUGUUCAAGUCGCUAAGUUCCGGCUGAAGUGGUGACUCCCGCAGAACUCAACCGCGCAUUGCCAUGAAGUAACAUGCAAAGAGCCUGCAAACAAGAUGUUGCUUCAUGGCCGUAGGAUUGUUGUCUAUUGGGAAAGUGAGAACCUUUUGCUCACUGAUGUGCGGGUGAGCCGUGUCCAGCUCAGCGUAUUGAAUUAUGCAAAGAACUUAGUGACCAUCCGAAAAGCUCCUGAUGAUACUACAAAACCUUCCUAGUUAGACUCAUCGUCGGACCGCGACCUAAUUGUUUAGUGAUUGCAUCAAUCUAUAAGCUCGGAGUCACUAGAGUACCUUUGCAUGGCUGGCUACUCGAUCUGAUAGGCCAACUGAUUCAUUGGCAGAUCUUUCUUGGUUCGAAGGACCUUCAAGACGCGGACUCAAGACGCA